GAGGAGCGAGCGGAAGGAAGCCGGUAUGCGGCUGGCUGGCCAGCCCAGGAGACAAACUCCCUCCCAGUGACCAGCGUCAGUGGCUCCAGGUACACAGAGACCACCUGGCCCCUUCUCAAAACCCCUGUGGCUGAGGCAGCUGGCAAUUGGGGUGAGCCAAAAUCUUCACCUCACAGCUGGGCAUGGCAGAAUCGGCCCCAACCCCGCAGCUGGUGUACCUGGUCACGGGCGGCUGUGGCUUCCUGGGGGAACACGUUGUGCGCAUACUGCUGGAGCGGGAGCCCACACUCCGGGAGCUGCGUGUCUUUGACCUGCACCUGAGUCCCUGGCUGGAGGAGCUGAAGACAGGACCUGUGCAGGUGACCGCUAUCCAGGGAGAUGUAACCCAGGCCCAUGAGGUGGCAGCGGCUGUGGCAGGAGCCCAUGUGGUCAUCCACACAGCUGGCAUAGUGGACGUGUUUGGGAGGGCCAGUCCCAAGACCAUCCACGAGAUCAAUGUGCAGGGCACGAUGAAUGUGAUCGAGGCUUGUGUGCAGGCUGGAACGCAGUUCCUGGUCUACACAAGUAGCAUGGAAGUUGUGGGGCCUAACAUCAAAGGCCAUCCCUUCUACAGGGGCAAUGAGGACACCCCGUAUGAGGCAGUUCACAGACACCCCUAUCCUCGCAGCAAGGCCCUUGCUGAGCGGCUGGUCCUGGAGGCCAACGGAAGGAAGGUUCGUGGAGGGAUGCCCCUGGUGACCUGUGCUUUGCGUCCCACGGGCAUAUAUGGUGAAGGCCAUCAGAUCAUGAAGGACUUCUAUCAUCAGGGCCUGCGCCUGGGAGGUCGGCUCUUCAGGUCCAUCCCAGCCUCUGUGGAACAUGGCCGGGUCUAUGUGGGCAAUGUGGCAUGGAUGCACGUCCUGGUUGCCCGAGAGCUACCACCAAGAGCCCCCCUCAUGGGCGGCCAAGUCUACUUCUGCUAUGACAAGUCACCUUAUAAGAGCUACGAGGACUUCAACAUGGAGUUCUUGGGCCCCUGUGGACUACGGCUGAUAGGCACCCGCCCGCUGCUGCCCUACUGGCUGCUGUUGGUCUUGGCUACCCUCAAUGCCCUGCUCCAGUGCCUUCUGCGCCCACUGUUGCUCUACGCACCCCUGUUAAACCCCUACACGCUGGCUGUGGCCAACACCACCUUCACUGUCAGCACCAACAAGGCACAGCGCCAUUUUGGCUAUGAGCCUUUGUUCUCAUGGGAAGAUAGCCGAACACGCACCAUUCGCUGGAUGCAGGCUACCGAGGGUUCCAUUCGAUGACAGCGGGCCUGGGCCCCGAGUCUUCAUGUGGAUGGAGAAGGGUGGCCUGUGUUACAGGAGCUGAGGGCCCUGAUAACCCAACUGGCCAACAUGGAGUUCUCCCUCUGCAGCGGAAGACCAUGAGGCUGCCGGGGGUCUGGUUGUAUUCUGCUACCUCCAAGUUCUAGGGUCGGGGGUGGGGACAAAGAACAGCUUCCUUCUUCACCUAGGCUUGCUGGGUAGUUGGCAAGGAACUGGAUCCUAAAUAGUCACACAACCCCAUCUCAAGUCUGGCUUUCUGAGAAAAAAAUGGCUAAAGUUCCA